CAAAAUAUGGAAUUCAGGAAAACCUGCGAGAAUGGCGAAAGAUAUAAGCGAGAACGAACAGAUUACGGAGACUGGCAAGAAGCUGACACUACCAAUGGAGAUGCAACAGCUUCUAAAUAUGGGGUUCCCACAUGAGUUAGCAGCAGAAGCCCUAGCUGCUACUGGCGGCAAAUCCACCAUUGAAGCCACCGAAUGGAUCUUAAACCACAAAGCCACUUCUCCUUCUAAACAUGCCUCUAACUCUAACCCUUCUCCAGUUCAGCCCAAACUUGAUCGCUUUUUCCAGUUUCAAUCCAAACCCUCUUCUAAAAUCACAGCCACAUCACAAACCAUUCAACAAGAACAAGAAGAAGCAGAUUUAGACUUAGAAGUAUCAACCCCAAAUGUUAACCCGUCGUCAUCCAAACGUCUCAAACUAUCACCAUCUAACACCAAGCCCAGUUCUCCUGUCUUUCUGAAUCAUUUUCGUGGUCAUAGGGGUGUUGAAAAUGCUUCUAAUGCCAAACCCCACGAACCCUUGUAUGAGCGAAUGCGUCCCAGAACUAUUGAUGAUGUUAUCGGUCAGGAACAUCUGCUUGCUUCUAAUUCGCUCCUUCGCUCCGCCAUUGAACGGGGCCGUCUUCCUUCCAUCGUCUUCUGGGGUCCUCCUGGUGCAGGUAAGACCUCUAUUGCUAAAGCCAUUGUUAAUUCAGCAAGUUCUUCUCAGAAACAACAAUGCUUCUCUUAUCGCUUUGUUUCGUUAUCUGCUGUGACUAGUGGUGUUAAGGAUGUGAGAGAUGCGGUAGAUGAGGCUAGGAAACUGAGAGUUAAGUGUAAUCAAAGAACUGUUCUGUUUGUGGAUGAGGUUCACAGGUUUAACAAGUCUCAACAGGACUCUUUUUUGCCGGUUAUUGAAGAUGGAAGUAUUGUUUUCGUUGGUGCUACUACUGAAAACCCUUCUUUCCAUUUGAUUACGCCAUUGCUGUCUCGGUGUCGUGUACUUACCCUGAACCCCUUGAAACCCCAGCAUGUUGUGAUGAUUCUAAAGAGGUCUGUGGAUAAUUUGGACAAAGGAUUGGUGCAAAGCAUUGGUUUUCAAGUUGACGUAGCUGAAGAUGUGAUCACUUUCUUGGCCAACAAUUGUGAUGGUGAUGCUCGGGUGGCAUUGAAUGCAUUGGAGAUUGCAGCUGUUACAGCAGCUGCUCGGUCACAAGAUGAUAAGAAAUCUAAGGAUGUCAAAGAAACUGAAGGCAUGGAUGGUCAAAUAAACCAAGAAAAUAGAGCUUGUCCAUCUGUUCAUAUUGUUACCCUGGAUGAUGCAAAAGAGGCGCUUCAGUGCAAGCACCUUGCUUAUGAUAGAGCUGGAGAAGAGCACUAUAAUCUAAUUAGUGCUCUACACAAAUCAAUGAGGGGAAGUGACGCUGAUGCAGCAAUUUAUUGGUUGGCAAGAAUGUUGGAAGGAGGUGAAGUGCCUCUUUACAUUGCGCGGAGAUUGAUAAGGUUUGCGAGUGAGGACGUUGGGUUGGCUGAUCCAUCUGCUCUUACUCAGGCUGUUUCAUGCUACCAAGCCUGCCACUUUUUGGGUAUGCCUGAGUGCAAUGUGAUUCUUACACAGUGUGUUGCUUAUUUGGCCUUAGCUCCUAAAUCUAUUGCUGUUUAUCGAGCAAUAGAAGCAGCUCAGAGGGUUGUCAGGGAAUCAGUUGGACAGAAUGAGGGAGUGCCUCUUCAUCUUAGAAAUGCACCAACUAAACUAAUGAAGGAACUUGGCUAUGGGAAGGGAUACAUAUACACUCCUGAUAAUCCCACUUUGAACCAGAGCUAUUUACCACCCUCCCUAAAUGGGUACAAAUUCCUUGAUUGGCCUGACAGAAAUACUUCUGAUGAACAAAAAUGUUAAAGCAGCAUUGACAGUUUUCAUAGAGGAGGCCAAUGAGUUCAAUGUACUCCUCAAAUGUUCAUAUAUGAAUUUCUUGCGACAAAGUUAAAUGGUAAAUGUGUCUGUUUAUUAUAUAUGUAUAUUGUCAUUUCUCUGUCACAUUUACAUCGUCAUUAAGUCAGAUCAUUGAAAUAUUAUAAUUUUAUAGUUAUAAUAUCAUUAUUGCAAUUGGAUAUGGCUUCAUUUAUUCAAUGAUGACACCGUACAUCUUUUGUGAAGCCUGACAUUCAUGUGACAUCUGUUUGUGCCUCCCUCCCUGUGAAGUGGCCAGAAAUGAGAAAGAGAAAAAUGAAAGAUAACUGUUUGUUGGAUUCUAAGAUAGAAUGGUACUCUACUUGAGACAUAAUGAAACUGUUUAUAGUAUCUAAUUUUUGGUUAUUAAACUUUUGUUGCAGUAAACUUGACAUAUUUUUGAACUGAUACACAAAGUUGGUCUUGGUCAUAGUGGUAAAAGUGCUGGUGCUAUAAAAUCAUGAUGUUGCUCUUCCUUCCUGGUUUUCUUGGUGGCUGCUAGUUCUUCUCUCUGGAUUUGAAAUUUUAGUCAUUCUAGUUAUUUUUUCCUUGAUGAACAAAAGCCUAAAAUGAUGCAGUGUAAGAUGAACACAAAUCCAAAACAAUGUGAUGGGUUCAUUCUUGAUAUUUUGUGCAGAGAUGAACGUGGGCGGUAGGGAGCUUCUUGUUUAAAUUCAUGCGCACAAACUUGUUCCCACAUUAGUGUCUGAAAAUGGGUCCGUGAGAAUAUGUCUAUUGAUAAGAUUCUUUUUUUUUUUUUUUUUUUGGCUCUCGCACCCGGUAUCUUGAAGUGUCUGGGUAUGUUGGGUUCUCUACCCACCCAACCCGCUCCAAACUAAUCUAGACCCCUUACUUAGGGUGCCACUUUGAGGUGGUUCUUGCAGGUACCUUAGGUGACCCAUUUACACGCUCAGCUGUGCUACUGCAUACCCUAAGAUUCGAACCCGAGACCUCAGGUUAAGCUGUCACAAGUCACAACCACUUGGACAAGCGUCCUUCAGUUCUAUUGAUAAGAUUCUAUUGGUGAGUUUUUCUAAAGAUUACAUACCUCUUUGUUAAUUGAUGGGAGUUCAAUGGUUGGUUAUAACCUUGGUUGUAUCUCAGCCACCUUGUGAUUGUUAUAUUUCUUAUUGGGAAAUUUGCUUGGAUUAUAGGCCAUAUUGAUGGUUUUCCUCUAGGAUUAAGUUGCAAAAAUAUUCAAAAACUUCCUUUCCAGGAGCUCCUGAUAUCUUUAAGUUAACAAUAAUACAUAUGUAUCUAUUAACUUUAUAAAAGAGGUCAACACUACUCAAUUUGUUAAAAUAACCUAAUGUUGACCAUUAAGUCCUAAUGAUAGGACUUAACAGAUUGGAGGAUGUUGAUCAUUUUUAUAAAGUUUAUGGGUAUCCAUACACCAUUGAUGAUUUAAAGAUAUCAAAAGUUGCUAGAGAAAAAGCUUUUGGGUGUUUUUGCACAUCAACAAUUUCCUCUAUUGAGGCUAAUGUCAACCCUAUUUAACAUAUGCUUCUUCAGAGGAAGAUUUCUUGCAUCAAUGAAGAAAUUGCAGACCACAUUUUUUUUUUUUUUUCAAGGCUAUCUUUCUCACUGAUUCUCUCAUUCUCUAUUCUUGGAGGCUUGUUGGUGUUAACUAUCGUCACGCUGUGAUUUUCUGUCUGAUUCAGUUUAUAACUUUUGAUAGCUUGGGUUUUAAUGUUGCUGUUGCUGUCAGCUUCUAAACUGUUGGAGGGAUGAUAUUGUUGGGUCAUUCCACCUUUCAGAUUCAGGCACAAGUCUAGCUUCUUAUUGUUUCUUCCCCUGCUUCUUCUAUCGGGAAUUGGCUAUCAUUGGAUUUUCUGUUGCUCUGGAUUGGAUUGUGCUUAUCCUGGAAAGACUAAUAUUGUUAAUUGCAUUGAAAUGUUUUUUUUUUUUUUUGGGGCCAAAGCAUUGAAAUGAGUUUGGAUAGCAUUCAAUGCAAAGGAACUAAAAAUCAGGUUACUCCUUAA